UGGGGGAGGUUAAAAUCAAGCAGGAAGUCAAUCCGUUGUGCGAUACGGAGGUGAAAAUCGAUGAAAAUCUUCCGGCGGAAAUCAUGUCUGUGGAAACGGUGCCGACGUCGGCGCCCUCGGAGAAACCGUCCUCAGUUGACGAAACUAACGCGAAUGGCGAUGGAAGUGCGUCCGCGAAAGAAGUGUCCGUGUUAAAGGAAAAGCAAACGAGUGACAGUGAAACGGACAGUAUCAAUAUUGAUCCGAAAACGUACUGUAAGCUUGGGCACUUUCAUCUGCUGCUAGAGGACUACGAGAAAGCUUUAUCAGCGUACCAGAAAUACUAUGCCUUGAAAGCGGAUCACUGGAGAGAUGCACCGUUUUUGUACGGCUUGGGUUUGGUGUACUACCACUACAACGCGUUUAGAUGGUCGAUCAAAUCAUUCCAAAAACUCCUGUACGUCUGUCCGGACUUUACGCGCUCCAAUGAGGUCCACCUGCGGAUCGGGCUUAUGCUGAAGGUGAAUGGCGACUAUGAGCAAUCGCUGAAGCACCUGCAACUAGCGCUGAACGACUCGUCACCGUGUACCCUAGCCCAGCUUGAGAUCCGAUUCCACAUCGCCCAUCUGUAUGAGGUGCAGAACAAGUACAAACCAGCGAAGGAGGCAUACGAGCGGCUACUGGCGAACAAGCAGCUGACGGCGUCACUGAAGGCCGACAUCUACCGGCAGCUGGGAUGGAUGUACCACACCGUUGACAUCCUCGGCGACAAGGCGCAACGGGAGCGGCUCGCGAUCCACUGCCUGCAGAAGUCGAUCGAGGCGGAACCACGCUCGGGACAAACACUCUACUUGCUCGGACGCUGCUUCGCCGGUAUCAACAAGGUGCACGACGCCUUCAUCGCCUACCGGAAUUCGGUGGAAAAAAGCGAAGGCAACGCCGACACAUGGUGCUCCAUUGGAGUACUCUAUCAGCAGCAGAAUCAGCCUAUGGAUGCACUGCAGGCCUACAUAUGUGCCGUGCAGUUAGAUAAGUCUCAUUCUGCCGCCUGGACAAACCUGGGAAUACUGUACGAAAGCUGCAACCAGCCCCGAGACGCGUACGCCUGUUUUCGCAACGCUACGAUCAAUCAGGAUCAGCAAAAGGACCGCACAGUUAGUGCAUGUGAAAAGGCAUUCUUGCCAGGCAGCAAUACUACCGCCACAAAGAGUGCCACCGGAAGUAGUGCGGGAGUGGCCACCGGUGGAUCCUCGUCAGCGGCUACACCUACAACGCCUGGAUCAACUGGAACCGGGUCUGCUACUUCAGCAACAGCAACGGGUACCGCCGCUACACCGGGUGCCAAUAGUGGUGGCGCGUCGGAAAGUAACAAUCUGUCAUCUGGUGGAUCUUCAGCGUGUGUCGAGUCGAGCAACGCAAAUACGAGGGCGGCUAGCCUUACCCAACGUAUUAAGUUUCUACAGCAGCAUCUCGGUAACGCUCCUAUGCCGAGCAUAACGUCCAAGCGUCGGCAGCUACCUUCAAUCGAGGAGGCCUGGAAUUUGCCCAUUUCCAAUGAGAUGAGCUCGCGACAGCAGCAAUCAGCGCAGGCCCAGCAAAGGCAAUUCCAAAAGGGAUACGGACAGGGUGCCCAGUAUCAUCCUGGCCAACAGCAGCAAGUUGGUAGCAACAAUGGCCUUCCCAACAAGCGCUUCAAGACGGAAGAUGGCGCUGCAGUCGGUGGCAGACCAGGUGCGACCGGCGGACAACCGGUUCCACAGUUCUAUCUCAAUCACCACCAGCUGGCGCAGCUCCAGUUCCUGCAAGCCCAAAGCAACCUUAACCCCGCGCAACAGGCUUUGCUGCAAACACUGGCCCACCAGUAUCGGAUGAUGCAGCAACACCAACAGCAACUCCGGCUUCAACAACAGCGUAUGCAGCAGCAGCAACAACAACCAUUCCAGGGUCAGGGUCAACCGACAGGUGGCGUGGGAUUUGUGGCUACUGGAAAUAAAACGCCCCAGACUGGAGUUGUCCCCCAGACGGCCGGGUUUGUGAAUGAUGGGCACUUUUCACCUGCGACCGGACAGUCGCAACAAGCUGCCGGAAUGCCGUAUAAAUCGGCUGGCGGAACGUAUGCACCGUCCGGCUUCCCAGCAGCCGGAAAUCAGUCGACAGGGGCGACGGCGUCUGGUGGGUUCACGCAGAUUUCGUCCACAUCAUCCAACCCCCAGGCCGAUAUAGAACUUCAAGCGUUGCUUUCGUCCAAAGACGACAAGGCUACGUUCGCAGAAACGCUGCUGAAGCAGCUCGGCUCCGAGACGAUGGUGGAUGUGAAAGACGGAAGCCUUCUCGAAUCGACGCCCACAGACGGCAGUAGCAGCAGCAAUACUACCACUUCACCGCCGGUAAAAGCAGAAGCAACCUCGACGACAUUACCAACAGGAGGAGCCGCCGCUGCUGCUGCUGCUGCAAGCAAACGGCAAAUUCUCGCCAAACACGAUAUCAAAAUGGAACCUGUGAUCAAGAUCGAGAAGCUACCGUCGUCACCGUCCGGUUCAUCUUCCGAGGGGGCUCUGAGCGAGUUUGCCGUGUCGAUGACGGCGAAGGAAAUCCAGCAGUUGGUGCGUAAGCAACGACAGCAGCACCAUCACGGUGGCGGAACGUCCGACUCGAAGGAGGUUCCGGCCGUCUGUUCGGUGCUGGCCGCCGAUGCGCCACCUCCCUGCCCACCCGAUUGUCCACCAACGCGGCUCACACGGGAGCAACUACAGCCUCCGACGCCAUCCGUGUUUCUGGAGAACAAAAAGGACGCAUUCAGCCCGCAACUGCAGGAGUUUUGUCUCAAGCAUCCGAUAGCGGUCGUUCGGCAACUCGGAGCGGCACUCAAGCUCGAUCUCGGUCUGUUCUCGACGAAAACGCUCGUCGAGGCAAACCCGGAUCAUAGCGUGGAGGUGCGGACGCAAGUUCACCAAUCGCCGGACGAAAACUGGGAUGGCAACAAGAGCUCGAAAGUUUGGGCGUGCAUCUCACACCGGUCGCAUACCACGAUUGCCAAGUAUGCGCAGUACCAGGCGUCCAGUUUUUCGGACAAAAUAAAGGAGGAGCGCGAUAAGCUGGCGGGUAUUUCGGCUGUCUCUACCAACUCCGACUCGGACUCGAAGGACUCCAUCUCGAACAGCAGUAGUGCUGGUGGGCCGGGCGGAGCCGCCGGUGCUGCAGGAAGUGGUACCGGAAGCAACGGAAAGCGGAAGAAGUGUAAAAACGGCAACAAGAUGUUGCGCUUCGGAACCAACGUCGAUUUAUCGGACGAACGCAAGUGGAAGGCGCAGCUGCAAGAACUACAGAAACUACCACCGUUCGCGAGGGUUGUCUCGGCGGCCAACAUGUUGUCGCACGUGGGUCACAUGAUUCUCGGCAUGAACACGGUACAGUUGUACAUGAAGGUUCCGGGUAGUCGAACACCCGGCCAUCAGGAGAACAACAACUUUUGCUCGAUUAACAUCAACAUCGGGCCGGGCGAUUGCGAGUGGUUCGCGACACCGGAUUCGUACUGGGGCGGCAUACAGGCACUUUGCGAGAAGAACAACAUCAACUACCUGCACGGGUCUUGGUGGCCGGCGCUGGAGGAUCUUUACGCGGAGAAUAUCCCUGUGUACCGGUUUACCCAGCGACCGGGGGAUUUGGUUUGGGUUAAUGCAGGAUGUGUUCACUGGGUACAAGCGAUCGGUUGGUGUAAUAACAUUGCCUGGAAUGUUGGCCCGCUCACAGCCAGACAGUACCAGCUCGCUGUUGAGCGGUACGAGUGGAACAAACUCGAGAGCUACAAGAGUAUCGUGCCGAUGGUGCAUCUGAGUUGGAAUCUGGCGCGGAAUAUCAAGGUUUCCGACCCGAAGAUGUUCGAGUCCAUCAAAACCUGCCUAAUGCAAACGAUGAAGCACUGCAUGCAAAUCCUAGAGUACGUAAAGUCGCUACACGUCGAAGUUCGGUUUCACGGUCGUGGUAAAAACGAGGCUUCGCACUAUUGCGGUCAAUGUGAGGUGGAAGUGUUCAACAUUUUGUUCAUCCGCGAGCAAGAGAAGCGUCACAUCGUGCACUGUAUGGGGUGCGCGCGCAAACAGUCACCCACACUGCAGGGCUUCGUUUGCCUCGAGGAGUACAAACUGGCGGAGCUGAUGCAGGUGUACGAUGCGUUUGUGCUGCACACACCUCCCCCACCACUGCCAGCAAUCGCUCCGUCAGCCUCUCCUCAGCAGAAUUCGGCCGCAAUUGGCUCGACGACGACGACGCAAUCUUCGUCCUCGCCUUCCACAUCUACUACCGGCGCCACUGCCAGCAGCCCCAAUGUAGUGGUAGCAACAUCGUGUUCAUCAUCCUCUACCAGCAGCUCCGUCGGAGCGGGGACCGUCGGUGUCCCGGUGUCCUCGGUGGCAUCGUAAGCUAGUUUCCCCUCGCCCCCUUGUAUUUUCGACCCCACCAAAACGUCCGUCGUGCUAGUAGCCAGCCGCUUCUUCCCCUAUUGUGUGUGCCCCAAGGGCUUCUCUUGCACGGCGCGGCGGCCCUUCACGAAAGAGUUGUAAAUUGUUUUACUCGGUAAGUUUAGUUGUAAUUUAGUUCAAAUGUACGUUUUACCGCAGAAACGAUAGAAUGGUGUAUCCCCUGCUUAUAAUGAUGAUUGUCGGACAGUAGAUGAAGAAAAGGAGAUUAUAUAACGAAAAAUGAAACGAUCGGCAUCUUGUUAGGAUUGCUAGGAGCUCCGCGGAGCUAGCGUUUGAAUAAAAACCUACGUACCCGAAAAGACUUCUUAAUUGUAAAAACGUACUAGAAAUUUCUUUUCAUUUUCGUAAGCUCUUAAAUCCACAAUAAAUUUAUUUGUCCCUGAAUGAUUGUAAAUAGGCGCAAAAACAUGCGGCGGAAGGAGAGUCGUGAUAGCUCUCGGAUAAUUGUAAACAAAAUAACGAAGCGUUUUGAUUUAUCGCAAUCCGCGGUAUAGCGGAGCCCCAGGGGUGUGACGUUAGACACACCCCAACAGUCUUGGCGUGAAUGAAUGGAAAGCAAGAUACUAGCCAAAAUUACUACCGAAUCGGUACGAAAAGUAGUAGAAAAUGGGAAGAGACGCCUAUUUUUUUCUAGGCAUAUGCUAAGCUGUAUAAAUUAAUCAAAUUGUGUUGGUCAGGUUGGCGCAUCUGGCUUGUUUGUCGCGUGCUCUCACAAUUUUUUUUUGUGUUUCACUGUUCAACCCUAAACUUUUUCUUGAUGUGUGUACAGAUUUAAGUAGAUAAUUUAUUUAGUGUCGAUUUUAUGCCAAUUUUAGGGAAGCUGAUGCAAUAGAUUUCAUAUUUUUCGACUCUUGAUUCGGUUUCUAUGUAUUUUUGUAUUCGUCUGUACCUGCGUACAAGCGACAGAAAGGGCAAAAGUGAAUAAAACGUCAUACAUGCAAUGUCAAAUGUUUCCAGCUCAACACCUCGUAUGAUUGCGUAGGGAGUCUUUUUUCAAUGAUUUUAUUUGCAGUUCAACUUUGACGUGUUGUUGUAUGUAUGUUUUGUGUGUAGACGAGGUAUACUCAUUGCCUCGUUUUCGUCUGGUUAGUUGAAAAUAACAAGCACAAAGAUGAAAUUUGUCAAAGACAAAAUUUUGUUUGAUCUUAAUGUGGUGCGAUUAUCCGUUAUGAUAGUUUUGCAUACUGUUUUUGCUUCGGCCUCGGGCGUGUGUGUCGCUGUGUAGAGGAGAAUAGGUUGUCUAUGAUACUAGAAAUUAAACCAAUCGAGAAAAGCUAGCCAACCAAAUAAUCAUAAUAAACGACAAAGACACAAAGAAGCAGAAGUUUACACUAAAAGGAAGGAUAAACAUCUUAAUUACAUUAUCCACCAGCCAACAAUCAUAUUUUGUAUAAAAUUUGCGCAGUGCGCUACAACUCAUUCAGCAAAGAAUAACGAUAAAACCAAAUAGAAAGUUAAGGGAGAUGUAAAAAAAGGAUCAUAAUGACUCGUUUAGAAACCAUUUAUGGAAGGAGUGACUCAUCAUUUUACCACCUCAGGUGGCCACAGAUUAUGAAAACGCAAAACAACAAAUAAUUCUCAGGUUGAACAAAAAUAGAAAAAGGGAAAAACAAUUAUAAAAUUGUGUAUUUAUUGGUAGCGAAACAAUUCAAAAGCAAACACAGUCGAACAAUACUCUUUGAUAGACGUCGUAGUAGAACGUACACGGAAAACAGGAGAAAACCAUAGACAGUGUGUCAGUGUGUGGGUCAUGUAGCUCUGUAACGCAAUAGAAAUGAAAAAAAGAUAAGUUAACAGUUUUUGAUAACUCUCUUACAACGGAUACAUACAAUCGAGACGAAGUUACGAAGUAGCGGAG